AUUACGACGCAAAGCUGAACAAGAUUUACUAGAAUGCCGUAAUGAAAGAGGCUUAUUGGAAUUUAAUCGGGAUCGCAUUGUGAAUGAACUCGAAAUAGCUGAGGAUGAUAUCAACGAUCAGAACCGAAUAAUAAAUAUUUUAAAUCAAGAAAAUUUAUUGCUUCGGGAUAAUAUACAUAUAAAUAACCAACAUAUCGGAAUGGUAGGAUACGGACCCCCAAUUUAUAGAGGUAAUCCUGGAGAAGAUCCAGAAGAUUUUCUUAGAGAUUUUCAGAGAUACGUAGUAGCUUCUCGAAUAAAUAUUACACCAGGCGCGGGCGGUGUUGCUGGAAGAGCGGAAGCAGAUGGUUUAUUUGAAUCAUGUCUUGAAGGCCCGGCAUUGAAUUGGUAUGAAACUAAUAUCAAAGGUAAAAAUUGGAAAUGUAAUAAUCUUUCCGAUAAUUUAGGAGUAGCUACUCUAACUGCUGUUCGAACUUUGGGUGCUGGAAAUGGUGGUAAUCAGAUAGGCGGUUUAAAUACUGCCAAUCAAUUUCGUGGUAAGGCAGCCGAAGAAAUAGGUAGAAUUGGCGCAGGAAUUGCAGCCGGAAUUAAUAUUAUUCCAAAUGGUACAUGGGAUGAAGAUUGGUCAAUAGCAGGUGGAGAACCAACAAAUAAUGCGCCAGUAGCGCCAAAUGCAGGUGGAGGAUUUCCUAACAAUGUUACGAUUGCUCCCGGCAUUAAACUUGGUCAAAAAAUAUAUAGACUUAGGAAUUUUUAUACUACAGUAGAGGCGCAAAAACAAAUGGCCGUUUUUGGUCAGAUUAUGCAAGGAUCGUUACAAGUGGAAGAAUUUAGUAAUAAAAUAAAAAAGAUUGGCAAGCUCGCCGGAAUGUCUCCUCAGCAACAGAGAGAACAAUUUAUUCGUGGAUUAUCCCCUAUGAAUCAAUAUAAUAUUCGUAUGAUGGCUAAAUUUAAUGAUACAAUGGAAAAUAUUACAUCAGCAUUGGCAGAGGCGGAAAAAUAUACAUUGGCUCAAGAGCAUACUCAAUCUUCUUUUCCGGUAUUCCCGAUGUCCGAGUCUCGUGGAAAAGAUAAUUACUCAAGCAAUACAGGUAUGAGUAAGUCUGAAAUCGAAAACCUAAUAAAAUCUAUGAUUCCUUCUUCAGAACCCCAGGAAACACAAAUACGGCCCAAAGAAUCAGUUAUACAAUCGGCCUCUUCUCAAUUCCGACCACAACCUCCUGGAACGUAUAAAAAUAUACAAGAUAGAAAUAUGGAAAGUUUUUUACAAUGGAUAUAUGGAGAAAUUCCAGAAUUCAUUCCUGUUCCAGCUCCUCCUUUACCUCCAAAACCGCAAAUAAAAAAUAAUGGAAAUAGUUCGAAGAAUGCUGAAACUGACUCUGAUGAUGAAUUGGCCAAUCGUAUGAAUAAGUUAUCGAUAAAUAAGGCUAUAUCAAAAGGAGUUGCACAGGGAGUGAAAACAGGUAUUCGUGCUUCCAACAAAUUAUCUCAUAGAUGUUCCAAUUGUAAUAGAACCGGUCAUAAUUCCCGCAACUGUCCUCGGAAGAAGAAAAACAAAUUUAAGAGAAAAGCUAAGUUCUGA